UUUUGAACAACUGAUCUAUUCGAGUUCUGCAAUUCAUGCUAGCGAGAUUGCAGAGAAAUUUUAAUGCCUUGACAAUGGAAGGAAAGUGUGGCUUCUAUGCCGUACGGACUGGAAGGAAGACCGGUGUAUUUCGAACUUGGACGGAAUGUGAGAGUUAUGUCAAAGGCUUUCCUGGUGCUAGAUAUAAGAAGUUCUCUACAGAGGAUGAGGCCAAGAGUUUUGUUUCAGGACUUGAGUCCAGUGGGUCUUUUCUUCCAGCUAAAGCAGCUCCACACGUAGUACCCCGAAGGACACCUGAGGCCAUGUACUUUAAGAUACUCACUGCAAAAUGUUUGGCUUGUCAGCAGAAAAGCAGAAAGAGAACUUCCUACGAGAUGUGUGGCAACAAACAUUUUGACAAUGGUAGCUCCUUUAACCCAAGAGGCGUUAAGUACUCUAAACCUUUUAAAAACUCAGGAACAAGCUCAACCUGGACCAGUUCUUCAUCUUUAAUAUCAUCCUUAAGUAAUGAGGCCUCCUCUUUAGGAGAUGUACCUGUGGUAUAUACUGAUGGCGGCUGCACAAAGAAUGGACACAAGGGUGCGAGAGCAGGCAUUGGUGUUUACUGGGGCCCAGAAAAUACCAGAAAUGUAAGUGAGAGACUAGAAGGAGAACAAACUAACCAAAGAGCAGAAAUAAUGGCUGCUGUCAAGGCUCUUGAAACAGCCAAGGAAAUGGGAUACAAAACACUUGAGAUCAGGACAGAUAGCAAUUAUACUAUUAAAGGAGCCACAGACUGGUGUAGAAGAUGGAAGAAAAAUGGCUGGAAAACUAUCAAUGGAACUGACGUGAAGAAUAAGGUUGAAUUUCAGAAACUGACCAAACUGUGUGAUGAAAUUGAUGUCAAGUGGACUCAUGUUCGAGGACACCAAGGGAACAUAGGAAAUGAAGCUGCGGAUGAGCUUGCUAGAAAAGGAGCCAUGAAAUAAAAUACUAAAUCAACACAAAUUAAUUGUUUACUUUCAAUUUCUGAAAACAUUCAUUUUGUAAUAUCCAAGUCUUGUAAAGCUUUUUAAAUAUGUUUAGCUUCAUUUACUCUGCAGGUCAAGUUGCACUAAUUAUGUUUCUGGUAUUUUAUUGACAACUGAAAUUGUAAAUGAUUAUUUACUAUAAUUGUAGAGCUUUAUUGUUAAUAAAACCUGAAUGAUUAAGUGGCUGAACACAGUUUUCGCGUGCAUUUUUGCUGAUGCAAUUCAGCGCAUGCAGGUGGAUUGUGAAAAACAAA